UUUUCGCACCGGGGCCAUUCAGUCUGUGGCUGCGAGCAGCUUCGGAACUCGCCGUUUGCCCCGCCAGGCUACAGCUCAUAUUUACUGCUUUCUGUCGGCUGUUUGUCUACCGGUGCUCGUCCGUGUUUGCUGUUCUUCGGAAAUAUUACGCUUUUAAAAGCCAUUUCGUUAGUUAACGGACAACCUCCCACCCCUGCCGAUAAGAUAAGCACCGGGAACUUUAGUUUGGGGGUGAAUCUCACAAAAGGAGCUCUGCUCUCUUCGCUGGGGAGAUUUUUGUUCUCAGCUGACUGGCUAGCUAGCUAAUUUCAAGCCCCGAGUGUUAUCCGAUAUAUUAGGGUUAGUGUUAGUUACUAAGACUAAACGCUGUAACGCCGGAGUUUGUCUUAAGCGCCGCUCAUCCACCGUAACGCCAUCUCCAGGCAUCAUGACUAGGAGAUCCUGCACGAUUUACGCAACCGGGAUAGUUUGCGCUCAUCUCCUGAUCAUCGGCAUCGCCUUGGUGCUCGGGCAAGUCUUCCAGACGCUGAUACACAACCGGCUGAAAAAGGAAUUGACGCUAGCAGAAGGGAGUCGUGUGAUCGAGUCCUGGAAGAACCCACCCUCAGAUGUCUACAUGCAGUAUUUUUUCUUCAACGUGACCAACCCCGAAGUUUUCCUGGCUGGAGGCAAAGCGGCGGUGACCCAGAUCGGGCCGUACACUUACAGGGAGUAUCGACCCCGAGAGAAUGUGACAUACCUGGAGAAUGGCACCAAGCUCUUUGCUGUGAACCCCAAAAGUUUUAUGUUUGUACCGGAGAUGUCGUCGGGCGAUCCAGAGGUGGAUCUUGUGAGGACCAUCAACAUCCCGUUUGUGGCGGUAAUGAACGAGAUGAAGACCUAUAACUUCCUGGUCCGCACCAUGAUGUCCAUGUGGAUUAAAAGCAUGGGCGUGGAGCUCUUCAUCACACGCACAGUCCAUGAGAUGCUGUGGGGCUUCAAAGACCCGCUGAUGACCAAACUCCAUAGCAUGAAGCCAGAAGUGGAUGAGAACUUUGGCCUCAUGUACAAGAAAAAUGGAACCCAUGAAGGAGAGUUUGUGUUUCUGACGGGUGAGCAGAACUACUUGGACUAUGGCAAAAUCGACACAUGGAAUGGUCUCAGAAAGAUGACAUGGUGGUCAUCAAACCAGAGUAACAUGAUCAACGGUACCGAUGGUAGUGCGUUCCACCCGCUCCUUUCCAAGAACGAGCUUCUGUACAUCUUUGCUGCUGACCUCUGUAGGUCCAUCCACCUGGGCUUUGUGGAGGAUGUGGUCGUUGAGGGCAUCCCAGCCUACCGCUUCGCUCCUCCGAUGGACGUACUGGCCAGUCCCGAGGACAACCCCGCCAAUGCUGGCUUCUGCGUACCUGCAAACGACUGUCUGAGCAGGGGGGUGCUGAAAGUCAGUGUGUGCCGAGAAGGUGCUCCUAUCGUCGUCUCAUUCCCACAUUUCUACCAGGCUGACCAGAAGUACAUUGACGCCAUUGAAGGCAUGAGUCCUUCGGAGGAGGCUCAUGAGACCUACUUGGACCUGAACCCGACCACCGGUAUUCCUGUUCGUGCCUGUAAAAGAGCACAGCUAAAUGUCUUGCUGAACAGAGUCGUUGGCUUUCCGUCAACCAGAAACCUGAAUCAGACCAUUUUCCCCAUCAUGUUUGUUAAUGAGUCGUUUGUGAUCGACAAAAACUCAGCAAGCCAGAUGAGGACCCUUCUGACGGUGGUGACUGUCGUCUCCAACUUCCCGCUCUUUAUCGUGGGAUUGGGUGCUAUUCUCCUGGUAGUCUUCGUCAUCCUCAUCUGCAGGUCCCGUCAGAAGAGGAAUGCAGUGAAACGUAUUGAGUUUUCCGAGGCUUUUCGUUCUUUUCCUAAUGCGAAGGAAGACACUGCUUACACUCAAGUUAGCUCCAAGCCCGACGAGCAGCGGGAGGACCACGUCACCGUCGCAAGCCAGUCCCUGCGUAAUGGCUCCUACAUCGCCAUGUCGCAGGUGGAGACACCCGAGUGCUGAUGGAGAUGGAGUCUGGGGGCGGGGUUGGGGGUGGGACGUGGGUUUUGUAUCAUUUCAAGAGGCUAUGGUGUGGUUUUGGGAUGAGGGUGGGGCGGUGGGGGGAAGCUCCCAUAAAUGCUGUCAGCCGCGAUGCUGCCCAGUCGUGUAACGUCACUGACCGCUGGUCCCUUAUGCCAGGCUCUGCAUGGCCACUACCUGCUGUUUGGCUAACAGCACUCUGUGAUCGAUGAUGCCUUAGACUGAGACAUUUCCCCUCUACACACACGCAUACAAACACACACAAACGCGCACGUACCUCCUCCCCGCGUCACAGACCGCGGCAAGUCGCUCUGAUCCCACAUCAGCCGGCGACAUCGACACCUGCACCGGACUGCAUUUUCAGAGGCCUGGAGCUGAAGCAUUAUCUCCACAUGGCAGCAGCCCAGUGAACGGAAGCUCCCAUCUCGCCAGAGGCGCCGCUGGUGAAGCUGUGCGGAAGUUGUCAGUUUCAGCAUGAAAUGGCAAACACCCUUUUAUAGCUACCUAAUUUCCAUGAAACGGUGUCUGUUCAUGUGUUACAAGCAGGGGGAACUGGAUUAAUCAGCGUGCCCAUUCUAGCAGCGCAAGACUGGGAACCAAACGCACUUGUAAUUUCUGGCGCAAAUGUCUUUUCGCUACUUGCCCUUAAAUUGUCUCUUGCACUAUGCCUGUUAAGAGGGAGCUUUUCCCACCUGAAUUCACAAGCUUGUGUAAAGCUUUAUGGCAAACCUAUGUCAAAUUGCGACUCUUGGCUGAUGAUGAUGACGGCGAUUAAAACGUAGCAUCGUUGCUGCCAUGCGUAUGCUGUGUGGUUCUGUGUGGCGCGCCGGUGGCCUCUAGCGGUUGGCGUGGGUACUGCAUAGUCCAGCGUCGCAUCCGCAUGACUGAAUCAGACGUGAUUUCUGACCUGAAUAGAAAACAGGCAUGAAGCUAGAGACUCCUUUUUUGAUCUUGGUUCUUCUGCCACGUUGACAAAAGUAACAUUUUAAGCUUAAAAUGUAUUGUUUCUGUAAAUGGAAUCGGUGCCCAAACAUUGUUUUAAAAAUUACUGAACUUGUCUGUUGUGUGCUCAUUGUCAGAGCACAAAAGGGUCAGUGCAUUUAUUGGGUUCUACAUUUAUUUGGGUGCCACAUUUCAGGGAUGCGAUUCCAAGUAGAUCCAUUUUGGAUUUUUUUUUUUUUUGCUUCACUAAUUUUCAUACCUACUAUUGCUGCUAGUCUCUUCUCCCUCUGGACAAGCUGCUUUUCAGUGCAGUCUAGUCAGUAUGUAUUCUUAGUAGAAACCCCCUUUGAUUUACUCUUGAUCUAUAGUCUGGGUCUCUCCUAUAUCCAUGAUAUUAAUUUGCUUGGGGGGGGGGGGGGGACAAACAAGCACAAAACUAACAGGGAAAGAUGCUUGCUGCUGUUUAGGAAAUGGAGGCCAUUAAUGAAGCCAGUUGUGAUAAAGCACCGUUUUAUUUUGUUGUGAGGGCGUUCUGGGGUAGGAGAGAACUGGUGCUGUGACGUUCUUCCUUACUCUAAGGAGUUUCAGCUGAUGUGGGGAAGCCUGAUUGGCCAGCAGCCUUCACUUAUAGUCACUACACCCUGAGCCCAGCCAGCUGUGGCCUUGCCUAAUAACAUAACUCUGGUUAUUUGGUUCGCUAUAUCCUCAGUGACUUGAAUUGUUGGAGUGGGUGGAAGAACACCCUGGCCCAAAGGUAACGGAGAGCCAGUUCUGAGCCACCAGCCCGUGUUGGGCUGACCACUCCCUUAAUCCCUGACCUUUUGGUUCUGAUCCCCCAGUCUUCUCCCUGGGCUUGACCAAAGAGGACUCAGAGGCGGGGCUUAGCUUUUUGUUUACUCUACAGUCCGAGGAUCUGCCUUAGGCUUGGUGUGCAGAUGCGCCCUCUAGUGUUUACAUCAGUUUAUCACAAGUGGCUUCCACUGCUAACAGAAUGGGUUAUAGGUCAAGAACUAGUUGGUUUUUUUUUUUUUUUUUUUUGUAUAAGGCAUAUGAAGUCUGUAUUGCUUUUACUACACAAAAUAUCUGGUUAAAGCAUAUAUUGCCAUAAUAUGUACUAAAACACUCAGUAUUACAAAGCAAUUUAAGCAAUACAAAAUGUAAAACAUUUUAUAACGAUGUUUUGUAAUUUGAGCAGAUUUUUUUUUUUUUUUUAAUUUUUUUUUUCUUUGUCGAUUCUUUAUUUCUCAGUGUAAAUGUAUUCUGUGCCUGGGACUUGCACAGGGCUGAAAUAGCUGGUCUCCAAUCAGAUUCAGCAUGCCGGGAUACACCACAAUCAGAGUAACCUUUCUGUGCAGACAGACAUGGCACAGUGCUUCUUCUGUUGGACCUUGGAGCAGAUUUCUGGGGAGGGAUGCAUCUUUACAGUGUCUGCUCUUCGCAGGAGAAGUAACUGGUCGGUUUGGGUCACGGUGUCAUGGGAAUGGUUUACCCCCUGGUCAGCUGCAGCUCCUGAGGGUUAAACUUGUACUUUUUUUAAUGCCAUGGUGAUCUACAUCAGGUGUAUUUAAGGGAGCAGAUGACUAUUUUAAGCAUUGUUUGUCACAGAACCCAAAUUGUAAAAGACCCUUAUCUGUUCUCUGAUUGUGGGCUCUUGGUGCCAGUGUGUCAUUUUUGGGAAGCCAUUAAAACCAACUGGAAAGGGCGUGUCCCUACCAUUGGAACUGGUUUGUUUGAGUGUAAAUAAAAUAUUCAGGUGGUGCACCCAGGUUGUUUGGGAACAAACAGAGAAUGAAGCUCUUUCUUGGGCGGAACUUCAGUGCCAAACCAAGCACCCAUGUACGUCAGUUGGCUGUAUGCAUAUUACAGUAGCCACUAACACGUCACUUUGUCUUACUGCAUGCCAGCCUUCUGAUUGGAUAAGAAAUGUCAACAUCAAUAGCAUCUUGUUUCCUUUGAGAAAUGUCUACUGCUGCUGAAUUGACAAUCUCUUCAUGUCAUUGGGUGCAAAAUCCUCGUUUUCUUUUCCCUUUUUGUUUUUGAUAUUUACACUGCACAAAUGUUUCUACAAUGCCUUUGUAAGCAUUUUUAGUGUAUUUACAUGAAAUAAAAGCAAAUGUUUAAGUUGA